AUGCACCAAUUGGGGAUAUUGAGUUCACUGAUAACUCAAGCUGGAUUCGUAGCAGAAAGUUUAGGACUCGGUGUUAGAGUUGCUCCAGGGACUAAUCAAAAUGUUCGAAUUCGUGAAGGCAUGACCGAACCUUUUGUUGUUAAGGAUCAUCGCGGAGAAUUGUACAAGAAACACCAUCCACCAAAUCUAAAUGACGAAGUAUGGCGUUUAGAGAAGAUCGGAAAAGAUGGAGCUUUCCACAAAAAAUUGACUUCAGCAAAGAUCACAACAGUUCAAGAAUUUCUUAAACUGUCUGUAGUUGAUCCUCUUAGACUUAGAAAGAUAUUAGGUGUUGGAAUGUCAGACAAAAUGUGGGAUGUAACAAUAAAACAUGCAAAGACUUGUGUAAUUGGAAACAAACUAUAUGUGUAUCGUGGACCUCAAUUUACAAUUCAUCUGAAUGCGAUAUGUCAAAUGGUUAGAGCUUAUACCACCAAUGGCCAAACCAUUCCCAACAGAGACAUUAACAACAUUAACAAGAACUUCAUACAAAACUAUGUGAGAGAAGCAUAUAAUAGAUGGAAUGAGUUGGAUGAAAUUGAUGAAGGUUUGAAUGAGAAUGUGGAAGCAAGUCAAUUUCAAAACAAUAGGAAUCAUCAAGCAUCGGUUAUAGCAUAUGAACAGAAUGAGUACUAUGUAGCAAACAAUAAUGAUAAUAAUAAUAAUGCAGAAAUAGGGAGUAUAGAAUGGUCACCAUUUGCCACGUCACCAUUCAUGAAUGGAAUGCAUUAUAGUUUUUCAGAGUCACAAUCAGAUGGUGGUGAUAUAACACCUUCAAGUUCAGGACCAGUCAUUGGUGGAGCCUCCUGCUCAAGGUGGCAUUAG